GUUCAUAUUAAUUGAGGAUGGUGCUCAGUGUCGGGUUUCUCUCAGUUCUCUCUGAAUCGCGACGUUGAGCGGUCGAUCGAGCUACGUUACUAAAACAGAAAUUUUGACCUUCAAAAUGCAACUGAAAUGUGCGUGGAAAGUCUUGCUUCUUGGCCUUUUGGCCCUUCAGCAUUUGGAGAUCGCAACUGGUUCACGAAUCUUGGCCGCCUUCAUCUUUCCCGGUAAGAGUCACUUUAUGAUGACCAAUGCCAUUAUCAGGGAGUUGGUGAAGCGGGGACAUGAGGUGACUUUCAUAACACCCUUCUCUCUGGCCAAGGAAAACUUGGGGUCGAACUAUACGGAAAUUCUUCUGAAGCAAUACAACUUUUGGCCCACAUUUCUCAAAACGACAAAAGCCAAGUCAAUUCUGGAUAUGACAGAUGUACCAAUAUUUACAUUCCUUAGAACGAGCUAUGUUAUGGGUCUGGAAAGCCAGGAAUUCGCCUUUGAGCAACCAGAGCUGAUAAAUCUUAUCAAUGCCAAGGAUAAGAUAGGGAAAUACGAUCUCCUUUUGGCCGAGCAGUUUUAUAACGAAGGCGCCCUUCUUUUGGGUCAUCUUUAUCAAAUACCCACUGUAACAAUCUCAACCUUUGGUUUUGCCAACUACUUGAGUCCAUUAACAGGCAUUGUGUCUCCCUGGUCUUAUGUUCCUCAUGGAUGGAAGCCCUACACAGAUCGUAUGUCUCUCAUGGAACGCAUUGAUAAUGUCUACUUCUGCUUGAUUGAGAAAAUCUUGCGUAACUUCUGGUAUUAUCCUGGGCACGAUUCGAUUCUGAAAAAACACUUUGCCGAUAAGUUCGAUUCGUUGCCAACAAUUAAUGAGCUGGAACGCAAUGUCUCCGCCAUUCUUCUUAAUUCUUACAUGCCUCUGGAGACACCAAGACCCAUUUCAUUUAAUAUGAUCCAAGUUGGAGGACUUCACAUUCAGAAACCGAAGCCUUUGCCUCAUGAGUUGCAACAGUUUUUGGAUGGAGCCAAACAUGGAGCUAUCUAUUUCAGUCUGGGUUCCCAAGUGCGCAGCGCGGACUUUCCACCGGAAAAGAUGAAGAUUUUCCUCGACGUAUUCGGCAGCCUAAAUCAGCGCAUCUUGUGGAAGUUUGAGGAUGAAAAGUUGCCGAAUCUUCCUUCGAACGUUAUGGUCCAAAAGUGGAUGCCCCAGACUGAUAUAUUGGCUCAUCCGAAUGUCAAGGUUUUCAUAUCCCAUGGUGGUCUCUUUGGCACCCAGGAGGCAGUACAUUUUGGGGUUCCAUUGCUCGGCAUGCCCGUCUAUGGGGAUCAGAAUCUGAAUAUUAACAAGUGUAAGGCAGCUGGAUUUGCAUUAGGCGUGGAUUAUCGCACAUUUACGGAAAAGGAAUUAAGAUAUUCCCUGAGUGAGCUCCUGGAGAAUCCCAAGUACAGAGACAACAUGAAACAAGCCUCUAAAAUCUUCCGGAAUCGACCCCUGGAUGCUAUGGAUACGGCCAUGUUCUGGAUCGAUUAUGUUAUCGAGCAUCGUGGAGCUCCUCAUAUGGUAUCAGCUGGGUUGGAUCUGCCCUGGUAUCAGUUCUAUUUGCUGGACAUCAUUGCCAUUGCUCUGGCUUUAAUAAUGUUGCCGAUUUUUGGACUGUGCUUGAUCUGUCGCAAGGGAAAAUCUGUGAAAAGUCCCGAGAUAAAAGCCAAACGAAACUAGAAGAAUUACUUCAAAAGAAUAAACAAGUUGAAUACUACAUUCAACCAAA